AUGUCUUGCUUCUCUAAACAGCUUAGAUUAGUCAAGUGCAGGGACAUUAUGUUGCACUUUCAUUUUAGCAUAUUUAGUCUUUUUCUUCAUCUUAUUCUCCUUGUUUUUCUUUUUCUUCUUCCUUCAAUCUGUUUCUUUUUUCUUUAUAUCUGUUUCUUUUUCUGUCAAUUUUUUCCUUUCUUCCUUCAAUCUGUUUCUUUUUUCUUUAUAUCUGUUUCUUUUUCUGUCAAUUUUUUCCUUUCUUCCUUCAAUCUGUUUCUUUUUUCUUUAUAUCUGUUUCUUUUUCUGUCAAUUUUUUCCUUUCUUCCUUCAAUCUGUUUCUUUUUUCUUUAUAUCUGUUUCUUUUUCUGUCAAUUUUUUCCUUUCUUCCUUCAAUCUGUUUCUUUUUUCUUUAUAUCUGUUUCUUUUUCUGUCAAUUUUUUCCUUUCUUCCUUCAAUCUGUUUCUUUUUUCUUUAUAUCUGUUUCUUUUUCUUUCAAUUCGUUUUCGUCUUCCAAAUUUUUCUUUCAAUCUCUUUCUUUCCCUUCUUUUGAUUUUUCUUCUCAUUUCAUUUUCGUUCUUUUUCUUUAUAUCUGUUUCUUUUCCUGUCAAUUUUUUCCUUUCUUCUUCUUUGUUUCUUUCUCCUUUUAUUUCACUUUUUCUUCUUCAGUUUCUCUUACAAUGUUUCUUUCUUUCUUUUUUCAAUCUGUUUCUUUUCCUUCAAUCUUUUUUCUUCUUUCAAUCUCUUCAUUCCUCUCAAUAUUUAUUCUUCUUUCAAUGUUUAUUUCUUUAUCUUUCAAUCUGUUUAUUACUUCUUUUCCUCGCCUUAUUUUAUGUGCAUACGAGGACAUCUAUCUAUCUAUCUAUCUAUCUAUCUAUCUAUCUAUCUAUCUAUUUCAAUGAUACCUUUCAAAAUACGUGCAUACGAGGACAUUUACUAUCUAUCUAUCUAUCUAUCUAUCUAUCUAUCUAUCUAUUUCAAUGA